AUGGCGAAAAGUGCGCGAGCCUCGUCAACAAAGCGCAACAAUGCCGCCAUGAGGGCAAAGCUCUACGGUCCUGCCUCGGACUCGAGGACGGAGCGGCUAUCGGCCAAGCUGCAGGAACUAGCCUCCAAGCCUAGACCCGACCAGGAGCGCGCAAUGGACAUAGACGAUAUGCCAGCUGCGCUCAAAGACGAGCUAGAGAAAGCACAGAGCACUACCCAAGGUGCAAAUGACCAAGAAAUGGACAUCGAUGCUCAAGGUGCAAAGAUGAAGCCAGUCAAGAAGCCCUCUACUACACAUAAGCCAAAUCGCAUCACAAAACACCGCACCACCAAGGUCAAGAAGGCAAGGAAUAAUGUCGUCUUUCCGGAUCUGCUAGCACGGAAGAAGCGACAGACAGAGGCAAAGGCACGAAGACAUCGCUGA